AUGGCAAAGAAGGGAGGCGAGAUGAGUACCUCCAGCGAGCGUGGGGUGGAGAUGGUGUCACCGGCACCGUCUCUCAUGCUGUCGAAGACGAAUUACCGCGUCUGGGCGAUGCGGAUGGAAGUAUUUCUUGAUUCUCAUGAAUUGUGGCAAGCAAUUGUAAGUGAGAAUGUCUUGAAGAAGAAAGAUCAUCUCACUCUGUCUGUGAUUUUCGAAGCAGUUCGGAGGAGAUGA